AGUGGUUUUAUAAAUAAAUGUAAAAGUACAAGUGCACAAAUGAGGAUUCUUGAUCGUUAAAAUAUGUAUAAUAAUUAAUAAUGCGUGCUACGAAUGACUGCGAUAAAUAGUUUCAUCGAGGAUGUGAAAGAUAUCAAGUCUGAACGGGAGCUAAAUCACUGCUAGAGAUGUCGUCGAGCGGGGAGUUUUCAACCCUUUCGAGCGGCGAGGCGACUGGAACAGGCGACGAUUCACUGCCGAGUUCGAGGGAAGCUACGGCCGAGGCUGCUGGCUCUGGAGGCGGCUACGUCCCCCUGCGCGAGUUCCUCGACAGAUUCUCCCUGCCGAGAGUCGUCAGGAUCGAAGGCGCUGGGACCAGGCCCAUCCUACUCUACAAGCAGCAGCAGCGCUCCCUGAGAGUCACCGCAACACUGCUGAUGCACCGAUACCGCCACGAUGUCAAAGUUGGACCCGAAAUCGUCAUCCCCGAAGGAUAUCCCGGUUGGUUCUCCGUAGUAUCGCCAGGUAGCGGAACCGGAAGUGCGAGAGUUUACAGAAGAGUUGGCGCUCUGGUUCGCGCCGGAGUCCCGGCGUUCCUUCUGGCCAAACCACUCCGAGCUUACACCCUGACGCAUUCAAAAAUGGAAAACGGAAACCUCCGAGCGCACUACACCAAAACCACCGUUCGAGCCGGAGAGGUGCUUCGACUAGCCGCCGUCUUCCAGGACACGAGGAGGGCUCCCAUAUCCACCGGGGUGUCCGGUGUCAUCGGCAACAUGCCGGAGGGCAAGAGUUCGAGGUCGUCAGAGCGGGACCAGUACGCCCAGUGCUUGGACUCUCAUGGUCACGAGUUGUUCGCUCCUUUGUCGAGCAGGGGCGAGUUCUACGCGACUUGCCAAAGCGGGAACCUCAACACGGACAGCGACGCCGUUCUUUACAGGGUGCACCAGCUGGCCAGGAGGGACCUACCCUUGAAGGUUCGCCUCGUAGCCGGACCUCUGCCGAUUCCACUUCCUCGGGACUACACGGGUCUCAUGCAGCUCGAGGAAACUACUCGGGGCCCCAUCGUUCUGGGUUGUGCGGUACCGCUGCUGCCCGAGAGACCUCUGCCGGGAUCCACGAUCCCGGAACUCUUGGAGCUUCUUGCUACCGGGCCAACUGCACCUCGUGUCAAAAGGGCCAGGCUCGGGUGUCCGUCUGAGGCCAGACUAUUGGCCUCGCCGAAGAUGCAGCGACUGCUAUCGGCUUGCAGGCGAGCCUUGGACCAGAGAGCAACGGAGCCGAGGGUAGCACCGCCGAAGCCAGCGGGGACGAACCUGGAGCUGAAGGAACUCCACUUGAAGGAGAUAAAAUCGAAGCCGGAGACAAAGCCGAUCCUCCAGAGCUUGAAGGAGGGUCUGGAGCACAUAAAGAAAACGACGAUCAGGGACCGAAGCAGCCAGUCACGGCAGAGCAGCAACGGAAGUGGUUUCCUCGACCGGAUAUCGAGGAUAGCUCACGGCGGGCGGAGCCGGAACCCCGCGAAGAAGUCCGCCUCCUUCACCUUCGCCGUUCGACCAGAAAUCGGGAUGCGGUCACCGGAGCGCUACGCGAGCCUUGAAUCCGAGGCGACCUCCUUGCUCCCCGGGGCAGCUGCCGGAAGACAGCAGGUCCAGAGAUCCGUGUCGACGAGCGUCCUCGAGGUGCAGACCCAUCCGGACCUCGACCCGCCCUACUCAAGGGUCAGGGACAGCCUCACUCCACUUCCGGCGACGCCACCGCCGAAGCCGGAGGACAUUUAUGCUGAGAUUUGCGAACCAACGGGGAGCGUAGCUCUGCAGGAACUCGGAAGGGAUAAACUGCACGGAUCCGGAGGGAAGAAGGAGGCUAAGGGGACCAAGGAGCGGGACCAAGGAUACGUCAAACUCGCCUCGCAUUCGGCGAUCUCCGAGACAUCGGGGAGCGCCGAGGACGAGGAGGCAAUAUACAACACCGUCUGUUGAACGACGCUUUACCUCUAUACAUGUGUGACAAUGAAAUUACACCAGUGUGAUUAGUCAUUGAAGGGAUCGCUGCGUAACUCCACAGCGGAGCAGAAGAAACGCCCCAGUAAUUGGGCGCGACCAGGUAACGGCGCUCGGAGGAGUGCCUUCUUCCUUCUUAUAUCCACGCAAUGCGUUCAAGUAUAAUUACGCGUGUCCAGCUCGCAUCGCACUCACACUUACAUCUACUUACGCUCAACAUUCGUGUGAUCCGCGUGGCAGAACGAGAUUACGGUCCCACGGAUGAAUUGAUUUCUACCUUAGAAGCACGGAUGUGUACCGAAGAUUUCCACGCUGAUAGGUAUUAUAUGUAUGUAUAAUGUGUACCAGUUGCCGGGAGUGGCUUGUUGUAGGUUUAUCCACCCAGCGGCCAUGGUUCAUCUUUUUUUUACUGCGUUUUUUUCUUCGUACUCUAUCACAGCCUCUUCGAGACCGGCUCAGAAGUUCCAUGGACGCUUUGCAGAACAGAUUUUAAUUACAAAGUAAAUCGGAUGAAAUCUUUCAAAGCAUAUUGGGGUAACCGUCUUUUUUUAGUCAAAACGAUAUUGAGUCUGAAAAUAGUGUUUUUUCUUACGACAUUAUUUUUUAUACAUUUCAAACUUUAAAGGCGAUAUCAUAUCAUCAUUUUGAACGAAAAUGUUUCGCUGUGCUUCAAAGGUCUCACGUUAUUCCAUGGCAACGACGUAUGUAAGUAUACAUAAGUAUAAUAUACAUAUAGGUAUGUAAUAUGACGGUGCAAUUGAAAAAUUUUGCUCCUCAAUUUUUUCCUUCGGACUCACACACACACACACGCACACACACGUGUGCGUUAGAAAUAAAGUUUAAGUCAUCGUCUAAGGUCCGUGGCAUUACAGUAAUGUGUAUAUGUAUAUCUAUAAUAAAAAUCUGUAUGAGCAAAUUCCAUUUCGAGCUGCACGAUUGAUGUAUCGUAAUAUCCUGAACGAUGAUUCGGCCAUGUGAUCGGUACGACGACAUUAUAUGAUGUAACGUGUUGAGAAAAAAGUUCUGCAAUAAAAUCACAUCAACGGAAACAAAAACAAAAACAAGCUUACAAAAAAAAAAAAAACGGAUCGAGAUAAAAACUCUAGAUUAACCAACUAAGGAAUAAUAUAUUUAGUACGUACGAUCUUUUAAAUUCAGGUUUACGUUAUGAUAUAGGUUGAAUAAAACGUUCGUGUAACAUUCA